AUGGAAUCCAAUAAAAUAUUCGGAAAGAAAGUGAAACACUUCAAUAAUUUAAGUGAUGUUAUUCGUAUUGAAGCCUUGUUGAAGUAUGGAGGAAUAUAUUUAGAUAUGGACAUGGUACUUAUGAGGAAUGUUGACUUGUUACGACAGUAUCCAUGCACCAUGUCUUAUUUCAUGUAUUUAAGACCACAUUUUCACCUUGGUUCUUCGUAUAUAAUGGCAGAACGAAACUCCACGUUUAUGCAAAAAUGGCUUGUCGGUUAUAAGUAUCACUAUAGAAAUGAUUCCUACUCCUAUAGUGCUAUGCGAUACCCUUACAUGUUGGCUAAAAAUUUUACAAAUUUAAUACACGUUGAAAAUGAGACAAUAUCAAGACCUUACAGUCUGCAUGGUGUUGCAAUAUUUAAACACGGACUUCGUCCAUUUGAUUGGUCAAAACUUUACGGUGUUCAUCUUUACAGCAGAAAGAAUGAGGAAACUAUGAACGAGAUGGUUAUGAGAGACCUAAAUACAACGUUUGCAGCUAUUGCUCGGCACAUAAUAUUUGGAAAUAAAGAACUAUGCUCUAAAUAA